GGCAGAGCUGCACGUAGUGUUCGAUUAAUUCUUGAGCUCAUAUAUUACUUAUUCAUCCAAAUAGUAUUGGUAGCUUGUUGAUCGAAGAAUUAAUCCAUGGAUGGAUUGAUCAGUGAUGAUAGUAUGAUGAUGGGUGGUGAGGUGAGGGCGAUCGAGUCGAGGCUGCCUCCGGGUUUCAGGUUCCAUCCCAGCGACGAGGAGCUAGUCGGCUACUACCUUCGGAACAAGCAGCAGCAGCAGCAGCAGCAGACGGCGGCCACCUCCAUGCUCGUCGAGGUUGACCUCCAUGCCUGCGAGCCAUGGGACCUACCAGAGGUGGCGAAGGUUGGUUCGGAUGAGUGGUAUUUCUUCAGCUGGAGGGAGAGGAAGUACGCGACGGGGUGGCGCAGGAACAGAGCGAGCAAGCAAGGGUACUGGAAGGCCACCGGGAAAGACAAGCCCAUCCUUCAUCCGACGGUGGCCGGCGCCAGGAAGACGUUGGUUUUCUACUCCGGUCGCGCCCCCAACGGCCGCAAGACCGCCUGGGUCAUGCACGAGUUCCGCCUCCUCCAUCAUCAUCAUCAUCCAAACCCAAAUAUUCAGAAUAUGCAGCAGCAGGAGGGGGAUGACUGGGUGCUGUGCAGGGUGUUCCGUAAGGGGAACAACAGCAAUGGACAACCUCUAGCCACUUCUUCGCCACCUGCUCAUCACCUGGUGGAGUCACUCAUCAGCUCACCUGCACCAACUAUCAUGAGCGAUCACGAUCGGCUCUUCACCAUCCAGCUGCCGCAUCACCAACAUUGUGAUGAGCAGUACUUUUUCUUAGAUGACGAUGAACAGCACCAGCAGCAGCUGCUAGAUCUUUCAGUGCUCCAAGCUCCAACCUCGUUCGAGUCUGAGCAAGCUCCAGGCCACGGUGGCAUGGAGAUUAAUAUCGCAGAGAUGGAGAGCUUCGACACGACCUGUGCUGCGCUGCAAGACGCGAGCGAUUACUGCAUGCAGCUCUAUUAAUUAAUUCAAUGGAUGGAUGAAUCACACGUAUAUAUACGCAUAGCCUUAAAUUAAUUAAUGUGUAUCAUCAGCUUAAUUAAUUGCGCACUUGGCUUAUGCUGCUUGCUCUUGCUUUUUAUAUACGAUACACAAUCAUAAAAACAUAUACAGUGCAUAUCAUCUACGGGUAGUUUAGUUGGGCAGGGAAUGCUUAGAUUCAGAAACUGCGGACUGAUAAACAGCAGCAAUAAAUUAGCUGCUUGAGGACGGAAUAAUGCUCAGUGUAGAGUAUAUGGAUGUUAUCUGUUUGCAAGAUGAUAUUUUGAAGCAAAAUAAUAAAAUAUAGAUACAUGUAUGGACAGGGGCGGAUCCAGAAACAAAAAAUUGAGGGACUCAA